AUGAAGUCAAAGAGCCUUGCGCUGACGGCAGUAUUGCUUGUCGUGCUCGUCGGGUUCUGGCAGUCACGUAAGCAGAAUCUGUUUCAUCACCUCGAGUACACUUCUGCCUCUUCACAAUGGUCGUCCGAGCAUACGCUAAGCCACAAGGCAUUCAAGCACAAGGCAAUCAGACCGACCGGCGCUGCGUGUGAUCCCUUUAGGGAAGAUGGCUAUCUGCUUCACUAUCCCGACAAUCGCACCCAGAGCUGGAUACCCCACCGUAAAGCGUGUCCGCCUGCACCGGACUGGUGGCAAAGGAACGCGCAGGCGCAGGAAGCCUACGCCAAAGUCAGUUGGCUAGCCAAUCGAACUAUCUUUGUCAUGGGCGAUUCCGUCGACAGGAACAUGCUCGACCAUUUUGCGUACUUUGUAUAUCGUCCUAUGAUGUUGGCAAACUACUAUUCGACCAGCAUCAAGGUCCAAGAUGAUCCAAGGAUGGCAAACAUCUCCUUUCACGGCACACCGCGCAUCUUGCACUUUCAUAAACUCAAUCUCACCAUCAUCACCGCCUUCUUCUAUGGUUCUGAUGACACUGGCUUCCACGCUAGCGCGUAUGACGUCCAUCCGCCCCUUGUCUACGAAGAGCGGGCAGAGAAGCUGUUGAAGCCUUUUAUCGAUCUCUACACCGACAAUCGCGGUCCGGACCUCAUAAGGCUUCACACGGGCAUGUGGGAUCUGGUGGCCAUGCCAUGGCAAUCCUAUGGUUUUGUCGACAAGGCCAGCAACGAAACCAAUCUUCCUAUGCUUCCUGACGACUUGUCACAUUACAAAAAGAGGGUAGCGUCCGUCUUUGCAAAGACGAAAGAACUCUGGCCGAACGUGCCUGUAUGGGUUCGGAUACUACACCGAGUCGGGACCGCGCCACCUCACCAGAGAGACGACAAGCGCUCGCAUGCUAUCAUAUCAGUCACGCGGUAUCUGGCCAAGCGAGCUGGACUGCCGUUCUUCGACUACGGCCACAUCCUCCGCGGUUAUUCGCUGGGUGAGAUACAUCCUCUCGAAUUUGUGAGUGUCUUUCUCUUCGGCUGACCUGCGCUGAUGCGACCGAUCCCGGCAGCCUGGUUCGUAUCUGCUCUGCCAGUCGCUACUGCAUCAUGCCUACCUUGAGUUCGGG